GCCGGGGCGGAGUCCCCGGGCUGGCCUCGCGCACUUCCCCGGCCGGCCGGCCUGGACUGAGGACCGCAGGCGCGCAUCAUGGCCGGCGGGGCGGCCGAGCCCGGGUCCGAGCCGCAGGCCUUCCAGCGUCUCCCGGACCCCGGCGCGCCGCGCCUCACCUCGGGCUACGGCCGGAGCAGCCUGCGCGAGCUGCGGGACCGCGAGUUCUGCCGCCUGGCAGUAGUUGUCUGGAUUUAUGUGUGUGUGCAAUUCCUACGUGAGUUUUUCCGAGGCACUGUCUACCUUGACCACGCAGGAGCUACCUUGUUCCCUCAGAGUCAGCUCACAAACUUCACUAAGGAUCUCAUGGAAAACAUUUAUGGUAACCCUCACAGCCAGAAUGUCACCAGCAAGCUCACCCACGACACUGUGGAGCAGGUACGCUACAGGAUCCUGGCUCACUUCCACACCACCCCGGAGGACUACAGCGUGAUCUUCACAGCUGGGAGCACAGCCGCUCUCAGGCUGGUGGCAGAAGCCUUUCCAUGGGUGUCUAGGGGCCCAGAGAGCAGCGGGAGUCACUUCUGCUACCUCACUGACAACCACACCUCUGUGGUGGGAAUGAGGAACGUGGUGUUGUCCAUGAAUGUCACGUCUGCCCCGAUCAAGCCAGAGGACAUGCUGUCGGUGGGGGAGCAGGGUGCUGCAGCUGAUGACCCCCACUGUCAACUCCCACAUCUUUUCUGUUACCCAGCUCAGAGUAACUUUUCGGGCACCAGAUAUCCCCUGUCCUGGAUAGGAGACAUCAAGUCUGGGCGGAUGAGGCCGGUGCGUGCUCCCGGGAGGUGGUUCGUACUGCUCGAUGCAGCCUCCUAUGUAAGCACCUCCCCCUUGGACCUGUCAGUUCACCAGGCCGACUUCAUCCCCAUCUCCUUCUACAAAAUUUUUGGGUUCCCCACUGGCCUGGGUGCUCUGCUGGUCAGUAAGCACGUGGCUCCUCUGAUGAGGAAAGGCUACUUUGGAGGAGGGACUGCGGCUGCCUACCUUGCAGGAGAGGACUUCUACAUCCCCAGGCCAUCAGUGGCAGAAAGGUUUGAAGAUGGCACCAUCUCGUUCCUUGAUGUCAUAGCGUUGAAACAUGGAUUUGAUGCCCUGGAACGCCUCACAGGUGGCAUGGAGAACAUAAAACAGCACACCUUUGAGCUGGCACGGUACACCCACGGUGCCCUGUCCGCCCUCUGCUACCCCAAUGGAGCCCCCGUGGUGCGGAUUUACAGUGAUUCUGAGUUCAGCAGCCCCGAUGUUCAGGGUCCAAUCAUCAAUUUUAAUGUGCUGGAUGACAGUGGGCAUGUCGUUGGUUACUCACAGGUGGACAAAAUGGCCAGCCUGUACAACAUUCACCUGCGGACUGGAUGCUUUUGUAACACGGGAGCCUGCCAGAGGCAUCUGGGGCUAAGCAACGAGAUGGUCAAGCAGCAUCUUCAGGCUGGUCACAUCUGUGGAGAUGAUGUUGACCUCAUAGAUGGGCGACCCACAGGUUCUGUGAGAAUUUCCUUUGGAUACAUGUCUACGCUAGAUGAUGCUGAGGCCUUUCUCAAGUUCAUCAUAGCCACCCGCCUUUGCUCACCAGGUGACCAGCCUGUCCUUCAGGCCAGCUCCAGGGAGGUCGGAGCCUCAUCAGUAGAGAACAACUGUUACUCACCUCAGGAAGGUGCCUGUACAGACCCUGGGGUUUGCAGUGACUCCUGCCCUUCCGUAGAUACCACGGGCAUGCACCAGUCUCUGAGUGAAGCCACUGGCACCCAACAGACCCUUCCAGAAACAGCUGCAGGUGUCCUGCAUGGGGACCUUGGGAACCAUGUUGUCACCAACAUUUUCCUCUACCCCAUCAAAUCGUGUGCUGCGUUUGAGGUGACCAAGUGGCCUGUAGGGAGCCAGGGGCUAUUGUAUGACCGGAACUGGAUGGUUGUGAACCACAAUGGCAUUUGCCUGAGCCAGAAGCAGGAGCCACGGCUCUGCCUGAUUCAGCCCUACAUAGACCUGCAGCAGAGGAUCAUGGUCAUCAAAGCCAAAGGGAUGGAGCCUAUAGAGUUGCCUCUUGAGGAAGAUGGUGAACAGGCUCGUAUUUGCCAAAGCAAAGUGUGUGCAGACAGGGUAAAUACUUACGAUUGUGGAGAAAAAAUUUCAAACUGGUUGUCAAAGUUCAUUGGCCGCCCAUGCCAUUUAAUCAAGCAAAGUUCAAACUUCCGGAGGAAUGCAAGGAAAACAUCUGGAAAAGAUCCUCCUCCGGGCACCACAGCCACCCUUUCCCUUGUGAACGAGGCACAGUAUCUGCUAGUAAACACAUCAAGCAUUCUGGAUCUUCAGCACCAGCUGAAUGCCAGUGAUGGCCCUGGACAGGAGGAAUCAUUCCCGAUGAAGGAUCUUGUCUCCCGUUUCCGUGCCAAUAUAAUUACCAAUGGAACAAGGGCUUUUGAAGAAGAGACGUGGGACGAGAUUUCAAUCGGCUCCUUGCAUUUCCAGGUUCUGGGGCCCUGUCACAGGUGCCAGAUGAUUUGUAUCAAUCAGCAAACUGGGCAACGGAAUCAGGAUGUUUUCCAAAAGCUUUCUGAAAGUCGCAAGAGAAAGGUGAACUUUGGCGUGUACCUGCUGCAUGCAUCCUUGGAUUCAUCUUCACCCUCUUUCCUCUCGGUGGGAUCUAAGGUGCUCCCUGUGUUGAAAGAGAACACACAAUGCCCUGAAUCCCUUUCUUUCCAGAGACAUCAGGGUGCUCUGGCCUAACCUUUUUUUUUCCCCAGAGAGCAUUAAACUUUCUCUUUAACAAUCCUGUCUACCGUUACUGAGAGCCACAACUUGAUUCAGUAGAACUUGGGUUUUGAAUGAGCACAGUUCUUCCCUUUGGAGGGGAAGCACGACUUCCCUUCAUCCUCUGAUUUUUCUGGGCUCUCUGCACUGUCCCACUCUGGAGAGUGGUUUCAAGGCCUAGGGACUGAAUCUGUGCCCACACCCAACACGGCUCCCACAUGUACCUGAGCAUGAUUAAUUGUAGUUAGAUGAAAAUUUUAAUGACACUCAAGGGAUUAAAAAAUUUAACUUUCAUUUA